AUGGAAUUCACAAUUGGUCUAUCAAAAAAGAUGCUUAUAGCGAACACAGUUGGUGCCGUAGCAGAUGUAAUUUUCAACUUGCCGCUAGAAAAACUUGAUACUUCGCAUGCGUGGCUUGGCUUGAUGACUUAUACACUACAAAUUUAUUGUGAUUUUUCUGGCUAUUCAGACAUGGCUAUCGGUCUUGCUCAUAUAUUUGGCGUUCAAUUUCCUCAAAACUUCAAUUAUCCGUAUGUAUCUCGAUCAAUAAGAGAAUUUUGGAGACGAUGGCAUAUUUCACUUUCGAGUUGGUUUCGCGAUUAUCUAUAUAUUUCACUUGGUGGAAAUCGAGUUUCAGAACGUAGAGUUCGUUUAAAUCUUUUGACCGUUUUUUUCCUCUGUGGUCUUUGGCACGGUGCUAGUUGGAAUUUUAUCAUAUGGGGUCUAUUUCAUGGAAUAUUCCUCGCAUUAGAACGGACAAUUAUAUUUACGUCGAUAUUAAACAAAAUUCCACGAGUUUUCCAACAUAUCUAUGCAUUGAGCAACGCUAAUCGGAUUACAAUCAUAUCAUAA